AUGGAGGGAUACGUUUGUCCCAGUGAUCGUCAGUUAGCCCUGCGUGCAAGUUACUGCCAUGAAUUAAAUCCAAAUGCUGGGAGUAAAGUUCUUGAUGUUGCUGAAUAUAGCGACUUCUUCGGCGAGAAUGAUAAGGCGAUAUUGGGAACCGGAUGGUCAACAGUUGCUCAAACAAAUCAGAGGCGGACGAAUACAAGGCUGUCCGACGAGGAAUUGGACCACAUUUAUCGCGUACUUCAGCGCAAUGAAUCGAUAAACGAAAGAGAAAGUAGACGUGUCGAGUCGAUGUUGAAGCGGCUGGAAAAUAUGCAGGUGGCUACAACGCCGCAGAACAAAACGGCCUGCAGCAUUUGUGGCCACGAAUUUGGUCUUUUGCUCAAGUCUUCCACGCACUGUGCGGAUUGCGGACGCCUUGUCUGCAAUCGCUGUUCCAUGGAGUUUACUGAAGAGCUUCCAGAGAAGCCGAGAUUGGCCAGCGAUGUUUCCAACGUUUCGCCCUCGAAGUACCUCCCGCCAGGAUCGUUGGGGGUAUCGGGGGGUCAACGGAUGGGUUCACGAGUGCUGCGACGACUGUGGCGAUCGCGGCAGCUGUCAGAGCGGAGGGAUGACCCCAAGCAGGGCCUUGGCCCUCAGGACCGGUCGGCUUACAACGGGGCAGUUGGGGCUCACUCGAAAUACAAGUCAUUUUCACUCGAGCGACGCCAGUCGAUGUCGCGAUUGUCAAAUUUCUUCUCGAUUCCACUAUCCCUCACUCCAAGUGCCUCACUCACACCCACAAGCAAUCGGUUUCAUCUCUGCAAACUAUGCUGCGAGGCAAGAGAACUUUUGCCGUCGCUAUUCAAGAGAGACUGA